AUGGAGAGUGGAGUGUUCCUGCCCUGUCUGGACCAGUUCAUGCUCAGCCCACUUGUCACCUGGGUGAAGACCUUUGUGCCCAAUGAUGGGGGCAUGUAUCUGGACUUCUCUGAAUUACUGGACGGGGUCUUCUUGAACGACAUAAUGACCCAAAUAAACCCCUCAGCUACUCCCCAGGGUGCAAACAACCUGAGCAGGGAUCCCAGUCUGAGGAUCCACAACCUGAACUUUCUCGUCCAGCAGAUCAAGACGUAUUAUCUGGAUAAUCUGAGACAGUUAAUCAUGAUACCUCUGCCAAAUGUGCUGCUGCUUGGCAGGACUCCGUACUGUGAACAAAGUCUGGAGGAAAUGAAGAAGCUCUUAUUGUUACUGUUGGGAUGUGCAGUCCAGUGUGAGAGGAAAGACGAAUACAUCGAGAGGAUCCAGACGCUUGACUUUGUCACAAGAGCGGCAAUAGCUGCACAUAUUCAGGAGUUGACCCACAGUCAGGAGAACGUGCUGGAUCUGCAGUGGUUGGAGUCGAGUGACAUUAACCAAGAUGAGAUGGAGGCCGCAGCAAGGAACAUGGCCACGCACCUCCGUCACCUGCUGGACCAGAGGGACGUCCACCUGGAGACUAUAGCAGAGCUGAUGCAGGAGAAGGAAGGCGUGGUUAGCUUGCUUGGUAGCCCCUCCAGCCCAGGGUCCGGCAGCUACUCUCCCAGCAUUCAGCAGCAGCAGCAGGCAGGGUCCCAGCAGCACCUGGCGGUGGAGCUGGCCGACUCCAAGGCCAAGAUCAGACGACUCAGACAAGAACUGGAGGAAAAGAGUGAGCAGAUGCUGGACAGCCGACAUGAGCUGGAGAACAUGGAGUCGGAGCUGAAGAGGAUCCAGCAGGAGAACACCCUGCUGCUUGUGGAGGCGCGAGCAGCCCGCACCUACCGAGAUGAGCUGGACGCCCUGAGAGAGAGAGCCAUCAAGGCGGACAAGCUGGAGAGCGAAGUGGGACGUUACAGAGAGCAACUGCACAAGAUGGAGUUCUACAAGGCCAAAGUGGAGGAGCUAAAGGAGGAUAACAGGGUGUUACAGGAGACCAAAGAGGUGUUGGAGGAUCAGCUGGCAGGCUGGAGAGCACGCUCCGAUAAAAUCCACCAGCUGGAGAAGCACAGUCUGAUGCUGAAGGCCCAGGUUCAUGAUAUGGAACAGGAGAGGGAGGCUGAUCGGAGGCGAAUCGAGGAGCUGCAGGAGGAGAACCUGACCAUGUGUUUGGCUCAGAGGAGAAGCAUGGAGGAGUCUCAGCACCUGGGCUGGGAGUUAGAGCAGCUCUCCAUGACUAGUGACAACUCCCAAGGCCAACAGACGCUGAAUUUGGAGGUGAGUGAGAGGACCCGCAGUCAGAUGCUGAAGCUGGAGAAGGAGAACCAAAGUCUCCUGAGGACCAUAGAGGAACUGAGAGCCGCCUCUACCAGCAGCAGCCUGCGGCCCAAACAAAGACACUGCCGAGACUGCGACCGGGUUGACCGGGUGGUCUGCGACACCAACAACUGGACCCCAUCAACAGACGCGCCUUCAGGGCCUCAAACCUCCUGCUCAAACACAGGAAACCAACAUAAUAUAUUCCCGCUGAGCACGGCACCACAUCAGAUUCUGAAUGGAGAUUCAAACUCCCAUCGGCGAGCAGACACAGCAGAGCUGGAGGAAGUCCAUAGUGAGAUCCUCCUCAGAGACCAUCCAGAGCGUCACAUUCAAGAGAAGGGACAACUAGAGGAGCGAGGUAGAGGGGAUUUCAAAGACCUGAUGUCUGAUCUGGAGGUUUUAGAAAACAUUCACAAUAGGCUCCAUUGUUUUGUGGGAUCACGUGAUCACUCCCCUGGCUCAAAGAGCAGCAGUCCCUGCCACGACAGCAUCUUCACAGGGCUGCCAGCACGGCCGUCCUACGCCAGCAAGCAGACACAGAGGCUGGAGGCCAAGUGCAAGGUCCUGGACUCAGUUAAUCAGCAGCUGCAGGCUUCUCUGGACAAUACUGACCGUAAAGUUCAGCGUCUGGAGGCAGAGGUUCAGGAGCUGGAGGCAGAGAACCAGAGUCUGCAGGCCACCUUAGAGGAGCUUCGGAUCUCCGCGAGACGCCUCGAACAACUGGAAACCGAGAAGCAGAGUCUGGAGCAAGAGACCACAGCUCUGGAGAAAGACAAGAGGCAGCUGGAGAAAGAGAAUCGACGCCUCCGCCAGCAGGCUGAGAUCCAGGAAGCCAACUUGGACAGCAGUAACGUCUGCAUGGCCAGCCUGGAGAGGGAGAUGCGUUUUCUGGUGAAGGAGGUGGAGGGGUUGAGGGAGACUGCUGAGAGGGUCAAAGGCCUGGAGAGAGACAACAGGGAACUGACCAAGCAGGCAGCUAUCGACCACAGGACGCUGGCCACACUCAGAGAGGAGCUGGUGAGUGAGAAGCUGAAGACCCAGCAGAGGGACAAUGAACUGGAGCGGCUGAGCAAUGAGCUGGAGAUGAAGGUCCUGAACCAGGAGGAGAGUCUACAUCAGGCUGAAACACCAGACACCAGCAGGUUCAAGAUGCUGGAGUCGGAGCUGGAGGCGUCUUUGAAAAAGUCCCUGCAGAUCAAAGAGGACAAGAUGGCCACUCUGGAGGCUCGUCUGCAGGAAUCCUCCCACCUGAACCAGAAGCUGCGCCAGGAGCUCAGGACUGCGAGGCUGAGCUGUGAGGCUCUGCAGCAGAGGCAGCAGGAGGAGUGGACGCCGUCGAGCUCCACCCCCCCGACGGAGACAAGCAAAGCGAUGAGUGAAUGGCUGCGUGAAAACCAGGAGGCCACCAAGGAACUGCUGAAGCUCAAAGACCGUCUCAUUGAAGUGGAGAGGAAUAAUGCGACCCUGGAGGCCGAGCGCCAGGCGAUGCAGGCCCAACUCAAGCAGCUGGAGAGUCAGUGUGUCAGCCAGCAGGCUCAGAUCCUGGCGCUGCAGAGGCAGGCUGCCUCACUGCAGGAGAACAACACAGCUCUGCAGACACACAACGCUAACCUGCAGGUGGAGAAAUCCACGCUGAGCUCACAGAGUGCCUCCCUCAUGGCGCAGAAUGCUCAGCUGCAGCAGCAGCAGUCGGGGACAGAGAGCGAGCGGGACGGCGCCGCAAGAGAGCGCGAAGAGCUGCGUGGGGUUCACGAGCAGCUCUUACGAGAUCACGAGCGGCUGGCUGCUCUGCAUGAGCGGCAGGCCAUGGAGUAUGAGGCGCUGAUGGGCAAACACGGCUGCCUGAAAAACGCCCACCGCACACUGGAGCUGGAGCACCGCACCCUGCAGGACAGAUACAAUAGCCUGCUGCAACAAAGAACCAAGCUGGAAGACCUGGAGAAGGCCCUGAGGGAGGAGCAGAUGAGGAUCGCUCUGGAGAAGGAGCAGCACAAGACAACAGCAGCUGAAUGUUGCAGGCUCCGUGAUGAGAAGGACUGGCUGAACCAGACGUACCGUCAGCUUCUCAGCGACAACGAGCUGCUGACAAGCGAUCACAAGCAGCUGAAGAGCCAGCUGAACGAGGCCAAGCUGGAGCACACGUGGCUGGAGGCCGACUUCUCCAAGCUCAAGAAGGAGUUUCAGCAGCUGGACAUCACCUCCACAAAACUCAACAACCAGUGUGAGCUGCUGAGCCAGUUAAAGGGAAACCUGGAGGAAGAGAGUCGUCACCUGCUCGGCCAGAUCGAGACGCUGAUGCUGCAGAAUCGAACGCUGCUGGAGCAGACAAUGGAGAGCAAGGAUCUGUUUCAUGUUGAAGAGCGACAGUACAUUGACAAGCUUAAUGAUUUGAGGAGGCAGAAGGAGAAGCUGGAGGAAAAGAUAAUGGACCAGUACAAGUUCUAUGAGCCUUCGCCUCCACGCAGACGUGGAAACUGGAUCACUCUCAAACUGAAGAAGUUGAUGAAGUCCAAUAGCCGGGAGCAUGGACUAGAGCAGCUCCCCAUGCCCACACAGUCAGGUGUUGCUGAGCCACACCUGUCCUGUCACGACAGCAGCUCCUUCCUCAGCUCUGAUGGCUCAGGCGGCGCGGGCGAUGCCAUCUCACCCAAACGCAACAAUAGUAAGUUGAAAAUGUUUCCCCGUAUGAGGAGCAGGCUGAAGGACAGAGACAAAGUCAAGUCCAUCUUCCGUCGAUCCAUGUCCCUGAGCAGCCUGGCCUCUCCCGCUGCCUCCUGGGUCGACAGCUCACAGCAGCUGGAAGGGUCAGAGGCUGAUGUGGACACACUGACCUCAUCCCUCACCACCUCCAUCUUGUCCAUUCACCACAUUGACCAUCCCACCACUCCACCAUCGUCGGGCAGUCUCCACACCACCACAGAUACUGUUCGGGAUGUUUCCGAGCUGUGGGAGACAGACAAGGAUUCAAAUGAUAGCGCCGUGCCACUUGGAUUUGAGGACAACGAUGAGCUGCAGAAUCACGCUCUGAAUGGCGCCCAGAGUCGCGCCCUCAGCGAGAGCAGCGGCGAGUUCAGCCUGAGUCUUGAGAACGAGCCGUGGUCCAACGGCAGCAGCCCUAUCCAGCACCCCCCAUCACGCCGUUCCUCCCCCUCCUACCAGCCACCCAGCGAUACCUCCACCCCCCAACACAAGGACAAAGCUUCUACCAUGCCCGUCACCAGCAGUCAGAGUUCAGAUCUCCAGGCUGCACCGAGACAGAAAGAUGUUGGGCUCUCACAGGACUUCUGGCUCACAAGGGGCACAAAGUGCAUCCGGAAGGGGUCAAGAGGCAAAGUGAUUCGUCGCUCAUCAGAUUCAGGGGGAGCAGUCAAAACGAACACAGGGCUCAGUGGGAUGAUUUCUAAAUCAAGCUCAAGCAAAGUGGACACCACCCGAGCCAUAGCUUGUUCACCAAUCACGGUGUUGUAUGUUCAGGGCAAGGCGUCCUCCAUGUCUGGGUGCCUCAACUGCUUCUCCACACCUCUGGGGAAAGAGGGGCGGCUGAAAGGGCCUAGGUCACCUACAAGUCUCCCUCGCGCCAGCAGUGUGAUAUCCACAGCAGAGGGCUCAUCCCGGCGCUCCAGCGUCAACAGCGAAUGCAGGGUGACCAUCAAGACUAACAGACUCCAAGCCCAGGCUUUAGAGGAGAGAGAUAAUCAAGAGGAAACAUCGAGUAGUAAUGAACAACCACACCCAGACUCUAAAAACAGUGAACCAGUUCCUCCUCUCAAACCUCCCAGAGACCCAGCGGUGGUCGUUGACUGUCCCAAAUCCCCCGUGCAGGAGUCACUUCUUGGCUCCUCGUUCACGUUCAACUCCGUCUUCUCCAACACCAUCUUCAGCGAUUCCGUGGUCACGACUACAACAGGUCUGGAUGCGCCUGACAACCAGACCUUCCUCUGUCUCAGUCCAUCUCUGGUGCGGAACUGUCCAGGCGAGGGCCAGGAGUCAUCUCACAACAAACCACAGACAGAGCUCGGGGUCGAUAAUGAGCAGAGUCACAAGGCAGAACAGGCUGCUGGGAUGGAAGAGAAGGACAAACCGCUCACAAUUGCAUGA